CCUGGUACAGUGAGUCGCACAGAGCUCCCUCUCUGAUACCAAGGAGGCCCAUUGUGUCCCCAUUGCCCACACAGCCGGGAUCCCAGGGAGCUGUCCGGGAGCUGGAGCUGGGACCAUGCCGGUGGAGGGGGCCCCCCUGAGAGAUGCCAGGGGCCAACAUGAUGCAGGUGAGGGGAUGGGGCAGUGGGCAUGGCCUGGGCACAGUGACAGGGGAUCAGACCGGGAUUAGCCUGGAGAUUGGCCUGGAUACAGGGGGACCUACCUGGGGGGCAUGGUCAUUAUACUGAUACAGGGGCACCUACCUGGCAUGGUCAUUAUACAGAUACAGGGGCACCUACCUGGCAUGGACAUUAUACAGAUACAGGGGGACCUACCUGGCAUGGACAUUAUACUGAUACAGGGGCACCUACCUGGCAUGGUCAUUAUACUGAUACAGGGGCACCUACCUGGCAUGGUCAUUAUACAGAUACAGGGGCACCUACCUGGCAUGGACAUUAUACAGAUACAGGGGGACCUACCUGGCAUGGACAUUAUACUGAUACAGGGGCACCUACCUGGCAUGGUCAUUAUACUGAUACAGGGGCACCUACCUGGCAUGGUCAUUAUACUGAUACAGGGGGACCUACCUGGCAUGGUCAUUAUACUGAUACAGGGGGACCUACCUGGCAUGGUCAUUAUACUGAUACAGGGGCACCUACCUGGCAUGGUCAUUAUACUAAUACAGGGGGACCUACCUGGCAUGGUCAUUAUACUGAUACAGGGGCACCUACCUGGCAUGGUCAUUAUACUAAUACAGGGGGACCUACCUGGCAUGGUCAUUAUACUGAUACAGGGGCACCUACCUGGCAUGGACAUUAUACUGAUACAGGGGGACCUACCUGGCAUGGUCAUUAUACAGAUACAGGGGGACCUACCUGGCAUGGUCAUUAUACAGAUACAGGGGGACCUACCUGGCAUGGACAUUAUACUGAUACAGGGGGACCUACCUGGCAUGGACAUUAUACUGAUACAGGGGGACCUACCUGGCAUGGUCAUUAUACAGAUACAGGGGGACCUACCUGGCAUGGUCAUUAUACAGAUACAGGGGGACCUACCUGGCAUGGUCAUUAUACAGAUACAGGGGGACCUACCUGGCAUGGACAUUAUACUGAUACAGGGGGACCUACCUGGCAUGGACAUUAUACUGAUAUACAGAUACAGGGGGACCUACCUGGCAUGGUCAUUAUACUGAUACAGGAGGACCUACCUGGCAUGGUCAUUAUACAGAUACAGGGGCACCUACCUGUCAUGGUCAUUAUACAGAUACAUGGGGACCUACCUGGCAUGGAAAUUAUACUGAUACAGGGGGACCUACCUGGAAUGGACAUUAUACUGAUACAGGGGCACCUACCUGGCAUGGUCAUUAUACUGAUACAGGGGCACCUACCUGGCAUGGUCAUUAUACAGAUACAGGGGGACCUACCUGUCAUGGUCAUUAUACAGAUACAUGGGGACCUACCUGGCAUGGAAAUUAUACUAAUACAGGGGGACCUACCUGGAAUGGACAUUAUACUGAUACAGGGGCACCUACCUGGCAUGGUCAUUAUACUGAUACAGGGGCACCUACCUGGCAUGGUCAUUAUACUAAUACAGGGGGACCUACCUGGCAUGGACAUUAUACAGAUACAGGGGGACCUACCUGGCAUGGUCAUUAUACUAAUACAGGGGUACCUACCUGGCAUGGUCAUUAUACAGAUACAGGGGGACCUACCUGGCAUGGUCAUUAUACAGAUACAGGAACACCUACCUGGCAUGGACAUUAUACAGGGGCACCUACAUGGGGGGCAUGGCCAUUAUACUAAUACAGGGGCACUUACCUGGCAUGGUCAUUAUACUAAUACAGGGGGACCUACCUGGCAUGGUCAUUAUACAGAUACAGGGGGACCUACCUGGCCUGGUCAUUAUACAGAUACAGAGGCACCUACCUGGCAUGGUCAUUAUACUAAUACAGAGGAACCUACCUGGCAUGGACAUUAUACUAAUACAGGGGGACUUACCUGGCAUGGACAUUAUACUGAUACAGGGGCAUCUACCUGGCAUGGUCAUUAUACAGAUACAGGGGGACCUACCUGGCAUGGUCAUUAUACAGAUACAGGGGGACCUACCUUUCAUGGACAUUAUACAGGGCCACCUACCUGGCAUGACCAUGGUACUAAUACAGGGGGACCUACCUGGGGGCAUGGUCAUUAUAUUGAUACAGGGGGACCUACCUGCGGGCAUGGCCAUUAUACAGAUACAGGGGGACUUACCCCCCAAUGAUGAUUUUAUGGGAUAUUGUCUCACAUGUGAGGUGUAUCUAAUCCCCCGGGGACGUUCCCAGCUUCCUAUAAGGCUCUGUGUAACAUUGCUCCAGAAUUUGGAAUACCUCCCCCCCAUUCCAUGAAAACAAAGAUUGUGAAAUGUGAAUAUUAAAUAGGAUCAUACUGGGAGCUUCCCUGGAGCCCAGUCUCCAAUCCACCAGAAAGCCCUCAGUUCAUUUAGUGAUUUCACUGGCUUUCAAUACGGGAUGUAACAUGAAUAAUGAAUAAUAACCUUACAGACAUUAUUGGCAGGGAAGGGUUUAUUAUAUAUUUUAUAUCUGUUAAAUGACUGGAAUUGCCACAAUACAUGAGGAGUGGGUGAUGUCACGUGGACUGGGCAUUUACUGGCACUGUGUGCGUGGCUCUUACCAUAGAAAAUCUCCAUAAUGUAAUGUACAGCCCGCUAUGUGACAGAUUGGGAAUCAAUCCUUUUAUCUAAAUUAACAGAAAUUCUAUAGAAAUAGUAAUACUAUUGUGAUCCAUCUGGCAAGCAGAAAGCUAUAUCAGACUUUUGGUUUCAUUGUCAGUGUAUAAACAGAGUAUCCAUCAGUUUAUGGCUAUCUUUCAGUAUUUCAUUUUAUCCAUCAGUGUCUUUGUGUAACUGUCAAUGUUUGCGUGCAUGUCUCUGUCCGAGUGUUUCUGUCAGUGUCUGUAUGUACCUGUGCGUGUUUAUAUGUCUGUGCGUGUUUAUGUUAGUGUCUGUGUGUAUCUGUCUGUGUCUGUAUGUAUCUGUAAGUGUCUGUGUGUAACUGUUAGUAUCUUUCUGUAUCUGUCUGUGUCUGUGUGUAUCCAUUAGUAUCUGUGUGUAUCUGUCAGUGUCUUUGUGUAUCUGUCAGUGUCUGUGUGUAUCUCUUAGUAUCUGUCAGUGUCUAUGUGUAUCUAUCAGUGCCUAUGUGCAUAUGUCUAUGUGUGUGUAUCUGUAAGUGUCUGUGUGUAUAUGUCUAUGUGUGUGUUUAUCUGUCAGUGUCUGUGUGUAUCUGUAACUGUCUGUGUGUAUCUGUCAGUGUCUGUGUGUAUCUGUUUCUGUCUGUUUGUGUCUGUCACUGUUUGUGUGUAUGUCUCUGUCUGUGUGCAUCUGUCAGUGUCUGUGUGUGUAUAUGACUGUCUGUGUGUAUAUGUCUAUCUGUAUCUGUUAAUGUCUGUUGUGUAUAUGGAUCUGUCUUUGUGUAUAUGCCUAUAUGUAUCUGUCAGUGUUUGUGUGUAUCUGGCAGUGUCUGUGUAUUUAUAUGUCUAUCUAUAUCUGUCAGUGUGUGUGUGUGUGUGUAAAUUUAUCUGUGUGUAUAUGUCAGUGUUUGUAUGUAUCUGUCAGUGUCUGUGUGUAUAUGUCUAUCUGUAUCUGUCACUGUCUGUGUGUGUAUGUCUCUGUCUGUUUGUAUCUGUCAAUGUUCGUGUGUGUAUGUCUAUCUGGAUCCUGGAGAUAAACACAAAAUCAAGGUAGAAUCCUAGUUUUCCAGUAAGUGUCCAAAUAGACAAUAUCCCCCUCACCCCCUCUUCCCCAAUUCUGACCUGGAUUUAUCUUGCACUCAAUAUUAAUUCCUCUGGAAGUUUUAAAUAAGUUUAAAUAACAAAACAAGAAAGUAAUGGUCUGCUGUGCGUUUUGUACAACAAACAGACAACUAGCCCAUCUCAUCAACCUAUUGUUUCUGAACCAUUUUGUAAUUGUUUCAUUCAUUGUUAAUUUCCCCCGUUGAUAAUAUUGCAAAGCGCUAUGGAAUAAGUUGGCAGUUAUAAUAAUAAUAAUAUCAAUGGCUUAGGAACCUAUUAGUAAAGCUAACAUCAGUUCUGCUUCUUCAUGGCGUCUCUGUAUUAGGAGGGGUAGGUUGGUGUCUCUGUAUUAGGAGGGGUAGGUUGGUGUCUUUAUUAAUAGAGGGUAGGUUGGUGUCUCUGUAUUAGGAGGGGUAGGUUGGUGGUCUCUGUAUUAGGAGGGGUAGGUUGGUGUCUCUGUAUUAGAAGGGGUAGGUUGGUGUCUCUGUAUUAGGAGAGGUAGGUUGGUGUCUCUGUAUUAGGAGGGGUAUAUUAGGAGGGGUAGGUUGGUGUCUCUGUAUUAGGAGAGGUAGGUUGGUGUCUUUGUAUUAGGAGGGGUAGGUUGGUGUCUCUGUAUUAGGAGUGGUAGGUUGGUGUCUCUGUAUUAGGAGGGGUAGGUUGGUGUCUCUGUAUUAGGAGGGGUAGGUUGGUGUCUGUAUUAAUAGAGGGUAGGUUGGUGUCUCUGUAUUAGGAGGGGUAGGUUGGUGUCUCUGUAUUAGGAGGGGUAGGUUGGUGUCUGUAUUAAUAGAGGGUAGGGUGGUGUCUCUGUAUUAGGAGGGGUAGGUUGGUGUCUCUGUAUUAGGAGGUGGGUUGUGGUGUCUCUGUAUUAGGAAGAGUAGGUUGGUGUCUGUGUGGGAGGGGUAGGUUGGUGUUUCUGUGUGGAGAGGUAGGUUGGUGUCUCUGUAUUAGGAGAGAGGUAGGUUGGUGUCUGUAUUAAUAGGGUGGGUUGGUGUCUCUGUAUUAGGAGGGGUAGGUUGGUGUCUGUAUUAAUAGAGGGUAGGUUGGUGUCUCUGUAUUAGAAGGGGUAGUUUGGUGUCUCUGUAUUAGGAGAGGUAGGUUGGUGUCUCUGUAUUAGGAGGGGUAGGUUGGUGUCUCUGUAUUAGGAGGGGUAGGUUGGUGUCUGUAUUAAUAGAGGGUAGGUUGGUGUCUCUGUAUUAGGAGGGGUAGGUUGGUGUCUCUGUAUUAGGAGGGGUAGGUUGGUGUCUCUGUAUUAGGAGAGGUAGGUUGGUGUCUGUAUUAAUAGAGGGUAGGUUGGUGUCUCUGUAUUAGGAGGGGUAGGUUGGUGUCUCUGUAUUAGGAGAGGUAGGUUGGUGUCUCUGUAUUAGGAGGGGUAGGUUGGUGUCUGUAUUAAUAGAGGGUAGGUUGGUGUUUCUGUAUUAGGAGAGGUAGGUUGGUGUCUCUGUAUUAGGAGAGGUAGGUUGGUGUCUGUAUUAAUAGAGGGUAGGUUGGUGUCUCUGUAUUAGGAGGGGUAGGUUGGUGUCUGUAUUAAUAGAGGGGAGGUUGGUGUCUCUGUAUUAGGAGGGGUAGGUUGGUGUCUCUGUAUUAGGAGGGGUAGGUUGGUGUCUGUAUUAAUAGAGGGUAGGUUGGUGUCUCUGUAUUAGGAGGGGUGCGUUGGUGUCUUUGUAUUAGGAGGGGUAGGUUGGUGUCUCUGUAUUAGGAGAGGUAGGUUGGUGUCUCUGUAUUAGGAGGGGUAGGUUGGUGUCUGUAUUAAUAGAGGGUAGGUUGGUGUUUCUGUAUUAGGAGAGGUAGGUUGGUGUCUCUGUAUUAGGAGGGGUAGGUUGGUGUCUGUAUUAAUAGAGGGUAGGUUGGUGUCUCUGUAUUAGGAGGGGUAGGUUGGUGUCUCUGUAUUAGGAGGGGUGCGUUGGUGACUUUGUAUUAGGAGGGGUAGGUUGGUGUCUCUGUAUUAGGAGGGAUAGGUUGGUGUUUCUGUAUUAGGAGAGGUAGGUUGGUGUCUCUGUAUUAGGAGAGGUAGGUUGGUGUCUGUAUUAAUAGAGGGUAGGUUGGUGUCUCUGUAUUAGGAGGGGUAGUUUGGUGUCUCUGUAUUAGGAGAGGUAGGUUGGUGUCUCUGUAUUAGGAGGGAUAGGUUGGUGUCUGUAUUAAUAGAGGGUAGGUUGGUGUCUCUGUAUUAGGAGAGGUAGGUUGGUGUCUCUGUAUUAGGAGGGGUAGGUUGGUGUCUGUAUUAAUAGAGGGUAGGUUGGUGUCUCUGUAUUAGGAGGGGUAGGUUGGUGUCUGUAUUAAUAGAGGGCAGGUUGGUGUCUCUGUAUUAGGAGAGGUAGGUUGGUGUCUGUAUUAAUAGAGGGUAGGUUGGUGUCUCUGUAUUAGGAGGGGUAGGUUGGUGUCUCUGUAUUAGGAGAGGUAGGUUGGUGUCUCUGUAUUAGGAGGGGUAGGGUUGGUGUCUCUGUAUUAGGAGGGGUAGGUUGGUGUCUCUGUAUUAGGAGGGGUAGGUUGGUGUCUGUAUUAAUAGAGGGUAGGUUGGUGUCUCUGUAUUAGGAGGGGUAGGUUGGUGUCUCUGUAUUAGGAGGGGUAGGUUGGUGUCUGUAUUAAUAGAGGGUAGGUUGGUGUUUCUGUAUUAGGAGAGGUAGGUUGGUGUCUCUGUAUUAGGAGAGGUAGGUUGGUGUCUGUAUUAAUAGAGGGUAGGUUGGUGUCUCUGUAUUAGGAGGGGUAGGUUGGUGUCUGUAUUAAUAGAGGGGAGGUUGGUGUCUCUGUAUUAGGAGGGGUAGGUUGGUGUCUCUGUAUUAGGAGGGGUAGGUUGGUGUCUCUGUAUUAGGAGAGGUAGGUUGGUGUCUGUAUUAAUAGAGGGUAGGUUGGUGUCUCUGUAUUAGGAGGGGUAGGUUGGUGUCUCUGUAUUAGGAGAGGUAGGUUGGUGUCUGUAUUAAUAGAGGGUAGGUUGGUGUCUCUGUAUUAGGAGGGGUAGUUUGGUGUCUCUGUAUUAGGAGAGGUAGGUUGGUGUCUCUGUAUUAGGAGGGAUAGGUUGGUGUCUGUAUUAAUAGAGGGUAGGUUGGUGUCUCUGUAUUAGGAGAGGUAGGUUGGUGUCUCUGUAUUAGGAGGGGUAGGUUGGUGUCUGUAUUAAUAGAGGGUAGGUUGGUGUUUCUGUAUUAGGAGAGGUAGGUUGGUGUCUCUGUAUUAGGAGAGGUAGGUUGGUGUCUGUAUUAAUAGAGGGUAGGUUGGUGUCUCUGUAUUAGGAGGGGUAGGUCGGUGUCUGUAUUAAUAGAGGGUAGGUUGGUGUCUCUGUAUUAGGAGGGGUAGGUUGGUGUCUCUGUAUUAGGAGAGGUAGGUUGGUGUCUCUGUAUUAGGAGGGGUAGGUUGGUGUCUGUAUUAGGAGAGGUAGGUUGGUGUCUCUGUAUUAGGAGAGGUAGGUUGGUGUCUGUAUUAGGAGAGGUAGGUUGGUGUCUCUGUAUUAGGAGGGGUAGGUUGGUGUCUCUGUAUUAAUAGAGGGUAGGUUGGUGUCUCUGUAUUAGGAGGGGUAGGUUGGUGUCUCUGUAUUAGGAGGGGUAGGUUGGUGUCUCUGUAUUAGGAGAGGUAGGUUGGUGUCUGUAUUAAUAGAGGGUAGGUUGGUGUCUCUGUAUUAGGAGGGGUAGGUUGGUGUCUCUGUAUUAGGAGAGGUAGGUUGGUGUCUCUGUAUUAGGAGGGGUAGGCUGAGUAUAUUGCUAGCAGGCAGUAGAUGAUGGAUUCAGACCGGAUUCUAAUUUCUGACGGGAGAGAGUUGUAUUAAAUAUUAAAAUGUUGCUGUGAGAUUGUCCGGAUACUUUAUUCUGAAUCGGCAAUUUCCCAGAUGCGUUUAGACGUGUAUUUAACCCUUCGCAGUGUUUUAUUGUCUCGUUAUGUAUAGGAAGGGAAUGAGUAAAUAUGGUGGAAAUGUUUGCUCUACAAAUAUCUGAAUACAAGAAUAUCCAGAGAUUUCAAACUCCCAUCUACAGAAAAAAUGCUUUCACGAAACUGGAAAAUUUCAAGAAGAACUGACUAGAGAAUAUUAAUCUACCUUAGCUGAAUUCUCCACAAUCACCAUUUUAUGAAUAAAGCCACAGCUCUGCCAGUUACCACUAAUGUCAUGCUAUGCUUUGUUCCAUGUUCUGGGUAGUUGCUGAGUUCUACUUCUGGGUAGUUGCCUGGCUGAGUUCUGGGUAGUUGCUGAGUUCUACUUCUGGGUAGUUGCCUGGCUGAGUUCUGGGUAGUUGCUGAGUUCUACUUCUGGGUAGUUGCUGAGUUCUAGUUCUGGGUAGUUGCUGAGUUCUACUUCUGGGUAGUUGCUGAGUUCUAGUUCUGGGUAGUUGCUGAGUUCUACUUCUGGGUAGUUGCCUGGCUGAGUUCUGGGUAGUUGCUGAGUUCUAGUUCUGGGUAGUUGCUUGGCUGAGUUCUGGGUAGUUGCUGAGUUCUACUUCUGGGUAGUUGCUGAGUUCUAGUUCUGGGUAGUUGCUGAGUUCUACUUCUGGGUAGUUGCUUGGCUGAGUUCUGGGUAGUUGCUGAGUUCUACUUCUGGGUAGUUGCUGAGUUCUACUUCUGGGUAGUUGCUUGGCUGAGUUCUGGGUAGUUGCUGAGUUCUACUUCUGGGUAGUUGCUGAGUUCUAGUUCUGGGUAGUUGCUGAGUUCUACUUCUGGGUAGUUGCUUGGCUGAGUUCUGGGUAGUUGCUGAGUUCUAGUUCUUCUAUUUGGGUUGUUGCUGAGUUCUAGUUCUGGGUAGUUGCUGAGUUCUACUUCUGGGUAGUUGCCUGGCUGAGUUCUGGGUAGUUGCUGAGUUCUAGUUCUGGGUAGUUGCCUGGCUGAGUUCUGGGUAGUUGCUGAGUUCUAGUUCUGGGUAGUUGCCUGGCUGAGUUCUGGGUAGUUGCCUGGCUGGGUUGUGGUGCUGAGUUCUAGUUCUGGGUAGUUGCUGAGUUCUACUUCUGGGUAGUUGCCUGGCUGAGUUCUGGGUAGUUGCUGAGUUCUAGUUCUGGGUAGUUGCCUGGCUGAGUUCUGGGUAGUUGCUGAGUUCUAGUUCUGGGUAGUUGCUGAGUUCUAGUUCUGGGUAGUUGCUUGGCUGAGUUCUGGGUAGUUGCUGAGUUCUAGUUCUGGGUAGUUGCUGGGCUGGGUUUUGUGCUCUCUGAAGUUGCUGAGUUCUAGUCUAGUUCUGGGGGGCUGCUGAGCUCCGUAUUUAUGGAAGAUGCUGAGUUCUGUAUUAGUUACAGAAUAUAAUAGAUUGUAAUGGGGGCUGACAUGCCCGAUUACCUUUUUUUAUUUGAAACAAUAGGUGCAAGAAUGGCAGAACACAAUGUAACAGACUGAACUUUAGCAAGCGAUGCUGUGGGUGCUCCCCGUUCCCUCCCCAUGCUUUUUAUGUUAUGUAGAAUUCUGCAAGGAUCCCUCCCUAGCAGCCAGUUAUAAACACAGGCUUCUCCUUGGCAGCACUGAAAGUCAUUUAACAUCCUGCAUGCAGGCACGAGGCGUCAGUGCAUCCUGGAGCAGAGCAUGCUGGGAAACUCCUCUUCCUAGAUGAGGGGGAGGGAGGCAGGGAGACAGCAUGUACCAGCACUGUGAUACAUUAUAACCCAGAAUAAAUCAAACCAUUUACAUAAUAUAUAUAGCAGAGGGCCUCCAGCCAUCCCAGCAGGAUGUCGGCGUAUCUCAAUCUCUUGCUUUGUGGAUACUGAGCUGAGUUUUGGGGUGACUUGGGGGCCGGAUGUUGGGGUAAUUUAGGGACAGAGUUGGGUCACGGUGGUGGCAUUGACAUAUUUAGCUUAUACGAUGACCUUUUAUCUUUACUUGGUAACAUGUAUUAAGUAUAGAUCUGUUUGUUCAGUAAUUUUUUUAUACUAUGUUUUAUUGCACCAUUUUGCUUUUAUUUAUUUAUGGAACAUGGAAGUAUUGUGGGUUAUAACUGCAUUAUAAGUGUAGUAGAUACAUUUUUGCAUGCCCAGUUUCUCUGAAAAUAAAAUUAUGCUGACGGGUUUUCGCUGCCUUGCAUAUAAUCCAAGCCCUGAUGAAUGACUCUCCCUUCUAAAUCACAUUAUCUGCCCCUUGUAAACAAAUUAUUUCUCUGUCUGUUUUAAAAUCUAGCAAUUUAUCUUCACAGGUCCAUCUCCAGUUGCUUCAACAGCAUCAACUCCCAGCGGUGAUUCCGGGACACCCAAAGCAUUAAGUCCACUGAAGGAAUCUCCCCUAACGAGUCCAGAGUGUGAAGUGGAUGUAGCACUUGUGUCAAGAUUUCUGCAAACCAAGGAAAGUGACCGUCCUCAGCCAGAAGGAGCAAGUAGCGAAGUUGGGGCCACCACUGCUAGUCUCCCUCUGGAUUCUGAGGCUUCCAGUGAUUCUGGAAUUGGGGAGCAAGUGUCUAGUGAAACCCAGAAAAUAAGAGAAAGAGCUGAAUCGCUGAGUCCUGAUGCACUUGACACUAGAAUUGUUAUGGGAGAAGAAACAUCCUGUAGCAACAAUGAAACAGACAGUGCAGAUAACCUAAUUUCCAAGAGUGAGCCUCCCGCUGUGGAUGCAUUUGGGGGAACAUCAGUGCCCAUAUCCGAUCCCAAAGCUGAGACAUCAGAGGGGAAUUUUGAGCAGGAGAGUGACAGAGAUGUCACUACUUCUGAGUCUUCUGCUGAUUUGCACUUGGAAUAUAAAAAGUCUAAUAAAGAGCCUCCUCUGAAAGAAAGCUUUUUUUCUCAGGGUGAAGCAGUUGAUGAUGUGCCUUCAUUACUUCCCAAACCCACCAAAGAGUCACCCUGGAAUUACACAGAGAGCGAGGCCGAAACAUUUCAGAACAAGCAUGCGUUUCAUAUGGACUCAGAUCUAUAUACAACCGCCCCUUCGACUCCAGUAAAAACCAUCUACAGACAUCUAAAGUAUCGUGGCAUUAGUGAUGACCAGAAUGACAUGGACAAUGACAACUUGUCUUCACCUCCCACAUCCCCAUCUGGCUCUUAUAUGACUGCAGAAGGAGGCAGCUGGGCUUCCUCUGCCACUUCUAGUGGAUCUCCAUCCUGUUCCCCAAAUUUGAUGGCUGAGGCAGACACAAUAGAAACUCCCAGUUUGUAUGUAGAUUCUCUGAAUGAUGAUGAAGAAGGUCUUUGCAUAGAUCCAUGUUGCAUGUCCCCUGACAUGUUAGUGGAUGAAGAAAUCUCAGAUCUCUACAAUAGAGAUAUUCAUCCAGAAGACUUCUCUGCAGUCAACGAGGAGGCCGUGGAUGAGGAUCAAAGCAAUGAUGAGUUGAGUGAAGAGGAAUAUGAAGAUGAAGAUGAAUGGGAAACUGACUUUGCACCAUCUUUCACUAGUAUGCCUCUUUGUCCUGGAUAUGUUAAUACCACAGCUUCAUUGGCCUUUUCCCCUGAAGAUUUUGAAUCUGAACCCCAACAAGCAUCCAGUGCAAGCUGCUCUUCAGAAAGUGAUGGGACCCUUCAGCCAACAAGCUCUGAUGGACUACAUCCUGAGUUACCUCUUGCCAGCCUUCAAAGUGCCGCAAAUGAUCCUAUGAUUCCUGCUUUCAUGUUGCCAUUCCAGGGAAGUUUGAUAUUUGAAGCUGAAUCAAUGGAAAUCACUUUGUUUCCUCAAGGAGAAUCAAUAGAGAGUGAGGUGAUCGAUGGAGAGGAAGAUGAUGACAGCACCUCCGCCUCCCUCUUACAUUCUCUGUCUGAGAAUUCCAUCAAUGAAGGAGUCGAUGAGUCCUUUGCUUACCAAGACGACACAUCUGAAUCAUCAGAUUCUGCAUCAUAUGAUGGAGAAGAAGAUGAGAAACGGUAUAGCACUGAACAAUAUGCCGUGACAACGGAUUCUCCUCCACAUGUCGCCGAGGCUCCCACAGUGAUCCAGCAUCAAUCAUCCAAUUCCGGGUGUGAGAGUGAGAUGGAGACAUCUUCAGAACUAUCUGAUACUGAAAAUGAAGGUGCCGUGAACAUAAAUGGUCCAGAACUGGCAGCGAGAGGGGAAAGCGCUUCAUGUCAAGCGAAUCCCAUCUUCAAAAAUCUAGAUAAAACUGUUAAUAACCAUGAAAACCAAGGAACAAAUCUUGAUGAAGAAUGUCAAGACGAUGCUGGAUUACCAAUUUUAGCUCAAGACUUUCUAUUAGCAAGUAGUAACAUGCCAGGUACCAACCAAGACAGCUCAGGUGAGCUAGAGUAUUCCGUCACCAGCAAUAACCCUGAUGAAGAAACAAACACAAAACAUAUAAGAAGUACCCUGGUUCUGACAUCCGAAGGACAGGGUGAAUCACUGUUUGUAAGUCCCUCUGGUUCAGAUAGAUUAGAAGAUGGGGCAAUUGGCUCAUGGUCUGAUAGCCCAGUAGAAGAACAAUCUUCAUCCUCAGAACUAGAUGUAGUCCUUCAGGGUGGGAUAGAUAAUGUUGGUGAAUGUUUAAUUGCUUGUUUUGACACAGAUGAAGAACUUGACACUUUGCCACCACUCAACAUCACAGCAGAAAGCUUAAUAGAACACAGUAAAGAUCACAAACAAAGUGGAAGACAGACAUCCAUGGCCAUCAAGAUGACUGAUGAUGUGUAUGACUUCCCAGCUCAGGCUGAAGAUUUAGGACAAUUCGAGAAGUCUGAUUCAAGCAGCAGGAACGAUGUGUCAGAAUCCCUCAAGGACGAUAAGAUAAAUGCACCUUAUAUUCUGGAGGCGGGUAACUUUGGAAGCUAUCGUAGAGAUUUGCUAAUGACUGACACAGAAACAAAAGAACCAGAAUCAGAAUCCAGUUUAAAAGAAGACAUCAAGGAGGACGUGGCUGAGGGGGAGUGCUUGUUUGCUUGCUAUGAGUCUGAAGAUGAUCUUGAUGAUGGAAUUGAUCGACAGUCAGUACUUGCUCAGUUCUACAAACAGCAGGAGGAAGCAGCUUCCAGUUUCGUUAUAAAUGAAUUGACAUGUGGAACUGAAUCAAGCCUCUCUGCAGGAAUUCUGGAAAAUACAGAGUUACCGAAAAUGGAUACAUGUCUUGAAGAGAGUGGUGCAGAGGCAAAUAACAUAGCCGAUUGCAAUCAGAAUGCUGGUUAUGACAACAAAAUCAAUAUAAGUUCACCAAGUAUACAUGAGAACGAGGAGGAACAUGAAGCCUCAUCAAAGACUUCAGCUUUUAUUAAGAGCAAUCUGACCAACACUAUCAUUAUUAGUCAUAAGGUGGAAGAUUCUUCAAAAGACGACAUACACAACACAGAAAACAAAACACUAGAGACAGAUGCUUCUAAAAUACUGGAUUCAGACGGUGACACUAAUUUACAGGUGGAAUCACAAGAAACUGAAUCAGCCACUCGACCUACUUAUGGUCAUGAAUCGUUCAGUGUACUUCCAACAAACAUAGACAAAUGCCAAGAAAAAGCAAAGUACAAAGACUUUUGCAAAGAUGAUUUGUUGAAUAAAAAAAAAGAAAUCACAAGUGCAGAUCAUAUGCCAGACCAAACGCAAGACACAAAUUAUGCAAAUAAUGAAUUAACUGCCAGUAAGAAUGAGCCUGAAGAGAUGAUGAAAAUGGAAGAUUGUAACCAGCAUGUUUUUAAAGAGCCACCAGAUCGAGAGCAAGGAAACAGCCUGGACCCUGUUUCAGGGAAAAAAUCAAUUCAUAAACUGGAUGUUGGACCUGUUUUACAGCCAUGCAAUAUCGCCUUCAUUGCAGCAGAAGCAGGUCCUCUAGAUGAAUGUGUUCUAGAGGUAGAAGAGCAUGGAAAUGAUGAAGCACUUGAGAUAUCACCUGUGAAAAAUCAAAAUGAAACUGAAGAUCCUAACAUUUGUGACCAAACAAGAAUUGGAAUUGACAUAUCGUCGCAUGAAAGUGGAGACCCCAGUGUACCUGUAAUUCCUAAUGCUCACCAGGCAGAUGAGACGGAUUCAAACACCACCAAGGAAUCUGUAAGUAAGGAGGUUCUUUCCAAUUCUUCAACUGCUAUAGUAUCUUCUUUGAUUGGAACUACGGAGGACAGAAACGUUUCAGUGCAGGAUGAGUGCACAGAAAAGAUUUCACUGCCCCCUGUUAGUACCCCUAGCAACGAAUGUAUAGAUGAAAGUGGAAUUAUUUUUACAAAUAAUGCAAACAAUGCUUUUAACCAUCAGACAUGUGGGAUCCAUGAAGUAGCAGAAGAUCAGGACUCAGUGACAUUGCUAUCAGGUAACAUUGAGAAUUUGGGAGAUACUAAUAAACAAGUAGAAGAGGCAUUAUGUUCAACUCCAAAAGCAGUUGAGGAGCAGAUAUCCAGUUUAGAAGCUGUUCCAAUGACUUUAUGCACAGACCCACCUUCUUGUAUAAAUAGUCUAAGAAGGGAAGAGUCCACUCCUCAUGAUAACUUGAUUCAAGAUGUCAGGCAAGAUCUUUCCAGUGCCUUUUUAGAAAAAAAUUUAAGAAUGACAAGCCAGCCUGAUAUAUCCAGUGAUGCCCAAGAAAUGAGUAGGCUACUGCAAGGUUCCUUUGGUAAAUUGGAGGCCUUGGACCUUAGUAUGCGCUCUUGCUCUUCAGAAGCCAGCAUGUCCAAAUCCAUCUGUAACACCACCAAGGUCAAAGGUGAAGGGAGGCUAGUUUCUGAUUUAGCUGGUGAUGUUAAGGAAAAGCCAAAUGGGGAAGAAGAUCCUAACUGUGAAAUGUUCGGCCAGGCUUUUGCACUGGAGACAUGUUGUGAGGCAACCGUAGUGGAUACUGGCCCAAAAAAUAAGUUAUGUGAGAAAACACACUGUGAGAUUGCCACCACAGCAGCAACCAAUUUAGAGAAUAAAGACAUAAUUCCCUCUAAUGAAUUUCUUGCACACAAGAACAAAGUGGACGACAAGAGUGAGAUGGGAAAAAGUUUUAAUCUGGAGUUAGAGGAUGUGUGUGAUCAGUCACCACAGUGGGAAAGAGAAAAACAAAUUGAAAUGUCUAGUAUUGCAGAAGAUAUCAAACCUAACAAAGAUUCAAGCAUUGAGUCAUCUAAAGAGAUGCAACCACCUCAUUUUCUGACUGAGACCCAAGAGGAGACUGUACGAUCACCAACACAGCACCCUAAUACAAUGGUGGACUCUGAAAGUGGGAUUCCCCCACAGGGCCCAUUGCAGAAUGGAGCUGCACUAUCCCCGACCCUCUGUGCUCCAGAUAAUGGGAAUGUUGAUGGCUAUACCUCCUCCGGGCUCAGUAAAGUGCCUCCAUCAUAUCUUUGCCCAAUGCAGGAUGUCGGCUCCAAGGAUAAAAGGGAAAUCAAAAUGGCUGUUUCAGAGGAUAUUUCUAGAAAUUCCAAGAGCCCUCCGACAGGUAAAAUAAUUCAGCAUGCUACUUACCUACACAUUCUACUGGUCAGUCUAGAUUAACCCCUUCCUUACCAUCAGUGUUUUCUCAGGUUAACUUUGGAGAAAAAAAAAAUUCAUUUUCUGUGCUGAUUCAUACUUCCCAACAUUUCACAUGGACAAAGAGGGACACUUUAAUUACAGGUGUGUGAGUGGGCAUGUGGCCAGGGGUAGGGCUUUUCUGAGUGUGACCAGGACAGGCUAUUCUGCGUGUCAGUGGGGAUGUGGUCAGGGUGGGGGAUGUUGUAUGUGGGGGUGUGACCAGGGACAGGCUAUUCUGCGUGUCAGUGGGGAUGUGUGUAACCGAGGAGCAGGGGUUAAUCCAAGGGCUCUCCGCUGGGAACAAAGAUUCAGCAUACAAAGUCACAGGAACACAGCAUAAUCCACCUCCCCAAGGACUAGACGACACAUAGUCUGGGAGUCAACUGCCAGCUUUAUUCACAAGUCUGCUUUUAUGCAUUUCUCCCAUGCAAGGGAGGUAGCUUUCAUAAUUAGUACAGUAGCCAAUUGUAACACGGUCACCUCCCCUCCCUCUCCUCCCCUUAGAUUAGAACUUAAACAGAUUAGUGGGGACAGAGUUUUCCCCACUUUCUGGAUGUCCCCUAAAUACAGGGGGUACAGGGACAAAUAAGGGGUCCCCUGGUAGGUCUGAUCUGGGUGAACAACAUACUUAAAAUUCACCCAGAUCGAACCAGGGGUUUGGGAGUUACAGACAGUUAAAGAUUUGACCGACUGCAUGGCAAAAGUAUCCGAAAAUAGUUCCAUGUAUUUUGGCCCUGCAGUCGGUCACAGAAAAGGGAAUGAAAUACACGAAUUGCCUGGGUUAUAGAGCCUGGGGAGGGUUUAAACGAAUUCCCUUGUUCGUGGGGUUCUUUCUACCGAACGGCAGGUCAUUCGGUAGUUUCCACACAAAUUCAUGGAAGUCUGGAGGUCUCAGCGGUGUUUGCCUAGUCGAGUGUCCGAUUUUAGUUCCAGACACUCGACGGCAAAACACAGCUGUUCGGGAGUUUAAGAUGGCCGCCGCCACGUGUUCGUUUCCCGAAUGGCGGCCACCCAGAGGACAAAGAACACAUUACACAGAUUGCCAAUUACCCGUUUGCAACAUUGUUGCAAACGAUAAUUGGAGGCACACUUAUUCCUGGGUGGUCUGGUUGUUCGGUAGUUUCACUCAAUAUAAUGAAUGGAGUGAUUCUACCGAACAAUCAGGGGAAUGCUGCAUAUACAUAUACAAUCUAGCCGAACACACAGAAACAUACAUAAUAUAAAAGACAUCCUUACUGUAAUCUGCUACAAAGUCUUAAAGAGAUAUUGUUCCUAAAAAGUCAUAUGUCCACGGAUGGUCCUUAAAGGGCCAGUAGCAGCAAUAUAAAAUACCACAUGCCCAAAUAUUGCAUUCCAAAGUACAAAUUCACCAGGGGCCAUAGUCAGCAGGUAGGAGGCGGGCAGCCAGGCCUCUCCAAUGUCCAGUGGCGAGGCGGCUUUCGCCACAUUGUGGUCAGGGUGGGGGAUGUUGUAUGUGGGGGUGUGACCAGGGACAGGCUAUUCUAAUCCAGUGGGGGUGUGGCCAAGAGUGGGUCUGUUCUGCGUGUGAGUGGGUGUGUGGCCAGGGGUGGAUGUUCUGAGAAAUUUUAGGUGAUUUAUAAUAACAAUUUAAAACAAGUACAAUGUAUCUUAUUUACACAUACUGAUUUCUAAAUACAUUUAAAGGACCACUAUAGACACCCAGACCACUUCAGCUCAAUGAAGUGGUCUGGGUGCCAGGACCCCCAGGUUUUAACCCUGCGGCUGUAAACAUAGCAGAUUUUCACAGUGAGAGGACGCUGCCGUCCAUAGGAAAGCAUUGAGAAAUGCUUUCCUAUGGACUUCUUGCCGCGCAUGCGCAUUCGGCGGAAGAGGGAGGAGAGCGCCAAAGGAGCCCGGCACUGGCGAACGGAAAACCCCUUUACCCCUCUAGAGCCCGGCGGGGGGUCCCUGAGGGUGGGGGACUGAGGGAGUGCCAGGAAAACAAGUUUGUUUUCCUGGCACUAUAGUGGUCCUUUAAUGUAGUUUAAAAACCCAUUACUGGGAGUAUUAUUGUUGUGGAGCUCUGUUAUACACUCAGACAAAUUACUGGGAGUGUUAUUGCUGUGGAGCUCUGUUAUAAAUGCAGUCACAUUACUGGGAGUAUUUUUGCUGUGGAGCUCUGUUAUACACGCAGACACAUUACUGGGAGCAUUAUUGCUGUGGAGCUCUGUUAUACACUCAGACACAUUACUGGGAGUAUUAUUGCUGUGGAGCUCUGUUAUACACCCAGACACAUUACUGGGAGUAUUAUUGCUGUGGAGCUCUGUUAUACACUCAGGCACGUUACUGGGAGUAUUAUUACUGUGGAGCUCUGUUAUACACUCAGACACAUUACUGGGAGUAUUAUUGUUGUGGAGCUCUGUUAUACACUCAGACAAAUUACUGGGAGUGUUAUUGUUGUGGAGCUCUGUUAUAAAUGCAGUCACAUUACUGGGAGUAUUUUUGCUGUGGAGCUCUGUUAUACACGCAGACACAUUACUGGGAAUAUUAUUGCUGUGGGGCUCUGUUAUGAAUGCAGUCAUAUUACUGGGAGUAUUUUUGCUGUGGAGCUCUGUUAUAUACUCAGACACAUUACUGGGAGUAUUAUUGCUGUGGAGCUCAGUUAUACACUCAGACACAUUACUGGGAGUAUUAUUGCUGUGGAGCUCUGUUAUACACUCAGACACAUUACUGGGAGUAUUAUUACUGUGGGGCUCUGUUAAACACUCAGACAUUACUGGGAGUAUUAUUGCUGUGGAGCUUUGUUAUACACUCAGACACAUUACUGGGAGUAUUAUUACUGUGGGGCUCUGUUAAACACUCAGACAUUACUGGGAGUAUUAUUGCCGUGGAGCUCUGUUAUACACUCAGGCACAUUACUGGGAGUAUUAUUGCCGUGGAGCUCUGUUAUACACUCAGGCACAUUACUGGGAGUAUUGUUGCUGUGGAGCUCUGUUAUACACUCAGACAAAUUACUAGGAGUAUUAUUGCUGUGGAGCUCUGUUAUACACUCAGACACAUUACUGGGAGUAUUAUUGCUGUGGAGCUCUGUUAUACACUCAGACACAAUACUGGGAGUAUUAUUGCUGUGGAGCUCUGUUAUACACUCAGACACAUUACUGGGAGUAUUAUUGCUGUGGAGCUCUGUUAUACACUCAGACACAUUACUGGGAGUAUUAUUGUUGUGGAGCUCUGUUAUACACUCAGACACAUUACUGGGAGUACUAUUGCUGUGGAGCUCUGUUAUACACUCAGACAUUACUGGGAGUAUUAUUGCUGUGGAGCUCUGUUAUACACUCAGACACAUUACUGGGAGUAUUAUUGCAGUGGGGCUCUGUUAUACACUCAGACACAUUACUGGGAGUAUUAUUGCUGUGGGCUCUGUUAUACACUCAGAUACAUUACUGGGAGUAUUAUUGCUGUGGAGCUCUGUUAUACACUCAGACACAUUACUGGGAGUAUUAUUGCUGUGGAGCUCUGUUAUACACUCAGACACAUUAUUGGGAGUAUUAUUGCUGUGGAGCUCUGUUAUACACUCAGACACAUUAUUGGGAGUAUUAUUGCUGUGGAGCUCUGUUAUACACUCAGACACAUUACUGGGAGUAUUAUUGCUGUGGAGCUCUGUUACACACUCAGACACAUUACUGGGAGUAUUAUUGCUGUGGAGCUCUGUUAUACACUCAGACACAUUACAUGCACGAUGUAACCGGAUGCCCUCGGGCUCUGCGGAGUACGGUUGUGAUAGUUACAAAUAUUGCAGCGAUGGUACUGUGUUCUUUAACCCCUUAAGGACACAUGACAUGUGUGACAUGUCAUGAUUCCCUUUUAUUCCAGAAGUUUGGUCCUUAAGGGGUUAAAUGGACACAAAUAACAAAAAGUGAUCCUCAAUUAAAUGCAUUAUAUAGAAAAAUAUGAAAAAACUGCUUUUGACUUUUUUUUUCUGACAAUGUGCUUUUUUUAAUUUAGAAUUUUGUUGUGUAGUGAUACAUUAACAGAUUCUCAUAAAAUAGCAAAAUAGGAGACAAUUGCAAAUAUGAAACAUCUGCAUACGUAAAGCAUCCAGAAAAAGAUUUGAAACAAUUCAGUUGGGUUUAACUAAUAAAAUAAAGUAUAGUAAGCACAAACAGAGUAUGAUCACAUAAAGAAUAGCGAGGUUAUGAGAUUAUAGUGUCCUGGAGAAAGGGUUUAUGGCCGGAUACCAAUCAUUCAAGCAGUCCCUAUCCCGGAUGUUAUCCUACACAACACAGUUCGCAAUGAGCCAACAGCCAGAGGGCCAGUGAUAGGUGUGGAAGUCUCAUAUAAGGAGUGGCAACCACAGAGCCCCGUGAGCUGCUGCGUCAACAGCUUCAACUCAAGACCAGUCUCCUGGUAGAUCCAUGGCCCGUGCCUGCCUCGGUAAAAGUGAUAGCAUACGUGGACGGUGUUGCAAUGUUCUGGGCCCCCGGAGUUAUGGACUAUGGUAAUCAGGUGCAUUAUCUCGGGUAUCUCACAGUGAAUGUGAGGAACACACGGCUGUAGAUUUGAGUGUGGGGCAAGUAUCUGUGACUCAUCCUCCAAGGCCUGCCGGCGGACUUGAAGCCUGAGCCAGGAAAUGGGACAGCUUGUCACGGGAGUCUGCUGAGCGCAUGACUUCCGCUAUUUUAGAGAAGGGGGAUUUGCUGCGGAUGUCAGCGAAAUUAAAGGUGGAGGGAUCGUCCUCCUCCCUCUCACCCACAUAGUAGGCCUCUUGUAGGCCGUAGGUCCUCCACAAACAAAAUCCUCCAGCUGGUUAAUUAUAGUAUUUAUGAGCCCACAGGGCAGUGGGACAGCUUGAGAUGCUGUGUGACUCCUGAUGCAGAAAAUAAGCAUAUAAAAAGGUUAAAAAUAACACCUUUACUCAGGGCGCUCUCGGAAGAUGCAACCACUCAGCAUGGCAGUCAGACCCCAUCCCCGAAUAUGCGCUCUUUUUAAUAGAUGUUGCACUCGUUUACUACUUUGCAUACAUUGUUACUCAAAAAGACUCAGACAAAAAAAAUAAUGAAAAAAAACCCACCAUUAAAAAUCCUAAAUCCAUGACGUGGCUCUGGCAAUCAAAAGCCUCGUAUUGUGGUCUCCGGGGACUAAUCUUAUCUGGAAAUGAUUUUAUGAUAUAUGUGAUCACCCCAAAGUAUUGGGGGGCGAGGGGGCAUGUAUGGUAAAAUGGUAAACGUUCCCGGUGUUUUCCUUGCUGUUACUCCUACUGAAUUCAUGAGACAAAGAUAAUUUAUUAUUCAAUUGUACUCUGUGCAUCCGGAUAAAAUGAUAGCAGAUAGUGAGCGGUACUGAGAAUGGGAUUAAAUAACAUAAUGUGGGAAUUAUUAGACCUGACCCAAUUAAUGGGACAUUGAAUGCAUUUCCAAUUAGCAGAAUGAGGCUGCACAUUGUACAGAUUAACCAGAUUUUUAUGGUUUUCCUAACCUAAUUGUUUCCUUACCACCUAAGCAGGCUAACCUUUGCUUGUAUCUACUACCCUUUCAGUUUAUCCUUAUACCCUAAUUAACCGUCCUUAGUAUCAGAAGCUGCUACUUUGUUUUUUUAUUUCUUUGUUUGUAGCUGAUGCAAGUUCCAGACCCGUCAAACUGAGCGCAGAGACCCCAGAAUGCAGCACGUCACAAGGGGUGCCACAGUCGUCAUCCGUGGAGGACAAGACAGACAGGAAACGAGCCCCUCAGUCUGAUCCUAGCUCCUCCAGUGAGAGUGAAUUCACCUCCCAGGGACCGGAGAUGCACCUACUCAGGGAAACGCCUCCAGUCACCCUACUUGGCAUCAACAAGCCCCUACUGGGGCAGCGAGGCUGUGAAUUACUGAGUCACAGAGGUAACAAGGUCCUGGGGCCCAAAGUACCACCAAAACCAAGUUUCUUUAUCACAUACAACCAGCAGUUCUGUCCAAUCUCACUGGGCUAGCAGACUAGCAUGUUGGCUACUUCCUAGAAUUCAUCUAACUUAUCUAUCUUAUAUAUAUAUAUUAUCAGAAUGCGGUGAGUUACAGAGCAUUAUAUAUAUUAUCAGAAUGAGUGAGUUACAGAGCAUUAUAUAUAUUAUCAGAAUGCAGUGAGUUACAGAGCAUUAUAUAUAUUAUCAGAAUGCGGUGAGUUACAGAGCAUUAUAUAUAUUAUCAGAAUGCAGUGAGUUACAGAACAUUAUAUAUAUUAUCAGAAUGCGGUGAGUUACAGAGCAUUAUAUAUAUUAUCAGAAUGCAGUGAGUUACAGAGCAUUAUAUAUAUUAUCAGAAUGCGGUGAGUUACAGAGCAUUAUAUAUAUUAUCAGAAUGCGAUGAGUUACAGAGCAUUAUAUAUAUUAUCAGAAUGCGGUGAGUUACAGAGCAUUAUAUAUAUUAUCAGAAUGCAGUGAGUUACAGAGCAUUAUAUAUAUUAUCAGAAUGCGGUGAGUUACAGAGCAUUAUAUAUAUUAUCAGAAUGCGGUGAGUUACAGUGCAUUAUAUAUAUUAUCAGAAUGCGGUGAGUUACAGAGCAUUAUAUAGAUUAUCAGAAUGCAGUGAGUUACAGAACAUUAUAUAUAUUAUCAGAAUGCGGUGAGUUACAGAGCAUUAUAUAUAUUAUCAGAAUGCGGUGAGUUACAGAAUAUUAUAUAUAUUAUCAGAAUGCGGUGAGUUACAGAGCAUUAUAUAUAUUAUCAGAAUGCAGUGAGUUACAGAACAUUAUAUAUAUUAUCAGAAUGCGAUGAGUUACAGAGCAUUAUAUAGAUUAUCAGAAUGCGGUGAGUUACAGAGCAUUAUAUAUAUUAUCAGAAUGCGGUGAGUUACAGAGCAUUAUAUAUAUUAUCAGAAUGCGAUGAGUUACAGAGCAUUAUAUACAUUAUCAGAAUGCGGUGAGUUACAGAGCAUUAUAUAUAUUAUCAGAAUGCGGUGAGUUACAGAGCAUUAUAUAUAUUAUCAGAAUGCGGUGAGUUACAGAGCAUUAUAUAUAUUAUCAGAAUGCGGUGAGUUACAGAGCAUUAUAUAUAUUAUCAGAAUGCGGUGAGUUACAGAGCAUUAUAUAUAUUAUCAGAAUGCGAUGAGUUACAGAGCAUUAUAUAUAUUAUCAGAAUGCGGUGAGUUACAGAGCAUUAUAUAUAUUAUCAGAAUGCGGUGAGUUACAGAGCAUUAUAUAUAUUAUCAGAAUGCGGUGAGUUACAGAGCAUUAUAUAUAUUAUCAGAAUGCGGUGAGUUACAGAGCAUUAUAUAUAUUAUCAGAAUGCGGUGAGUUACAGAGCAUUAUAUAUAUUAUCAGAAUGCGGUGAGUUACAGAGCAUUAUAUAUAUUAUCAGAAUGAGUGAGUUACAGAGCAUUAUAUAUAUUAUCAGAAUGCAGUGAGUUACAGAGCAUUAUAUAUAUUAGCAGAAUGCGGUGAGUUACAAAGCAUUAUAUAUAUUAUCAGAAUGCGGUGAGUACAGAGCAUUAUAUAUAUUAUCAGAAUGCAGUGAGUUACAGAGCAUUAUAUAGAUUAUCAGAAUGCGGUGAGUUACAGAGCAUUAUAUAUAUUAUCAGAAUGCGGUGAGUUACAAAGCAUUAUAUAUAUUAUCAGAAUGCGGUGAGUUACAGAGCAUUAUAUAUAUUAUCAGAAUGCGGUGAGUUACAGAGCAUUAUAUAUAUUAUCAGAAUGCGGUGAGUUACAGAGCAUUAUAUAUAUUAUCAGAAUGCGGUGAGUUACAGAGCAUUAUAUAGAUUAUCAGAAUGCGGUCAGUUACAGAGCAUUAUAUAUAUUAUCAGAAUGCAGUGAGUUACAGAGCAUUAUAUAUAUUAUCAGAAUGCGGUGAGUUACAAAGCAUUAUAUAUAUUAUCAGAAUGCGGUGAGUUACAGAGCAUUAUAUAUAUUAUCAGAAUGCGGUGAGUUACAGAGCAUUAUAUAUAUUAUCAGAAUGCGGUGAGUUACAGAGCAUUAUAUAUAUUAUCAGAAUGAGUGAGUUACAGAGCAUUAUAUAUAUUAUCAGAAUGCAGUGAGUUACAGAGCAUUAUAUAUAUUAUCAGAAUGCGGUGAGUUACAGAGCAUUAUAUAUAUUAUCAGAAUGCAGUGAGUUACAGAACAUUAUAUAUAUUAUCAGAAUGCGGUGAGUUACAGAGCAUUAUAUAUAUUAUCAGAAUGCAGUGAGUUACAGAGCAUUAUAUAUAUUAUCAGAAUGCGGUGAGUUACAGAGCAUUAUAUAUAUUAUCAGAAUGAGGGUGAGUUACAGAGCAUUAUAUAUAUUAUCAGAAUGCGGUGAGUUACAGAGCAUUAUAUAUAUUAUCAGAAUGCAGUGAGUUACAGAGCAUUAUAUAUAUUAGCAGAAUGCGGUGAGUUACAGAGCAUUAUAUAUAUUAUCAGAAUGCAGUGAGUUACAGAGCAUUAUAUAGAUUAUCAGAAUGAGUGAGUUACAGAGCAUUAUAUAUAUUAGCAGAAUGAGUGAGUUACAGAGCAAUAUAUAUAUUAUCAGAAUGCGGUGAGUUACAGAACAUUAUAUAUAUUAUCAGAAUGAGGGGAGUUACAGAGCAUUAUAUAUAUUAUCAGAAUGGGUGAGUUACAGAGCAUUAUAUAUAUUAGCAGAAUGAGUGAGUUACAGAGCAAUAUAUAUUAUCAGAAUGCGGUGAGUUACAGAACAUUAUAUAUAUUAUCAGAAUGCGGUGAGUUACAGAGCAUUAUAUAUAUUAUCAGAAUGCGGUGAGUUACAGAGCAUUAUAUAGAUUAUCAGAAUGCGGUCAGUUACAGAGCAUUAUAUAUAUUAUCAGAAUGCAGUGAGUUACAGAGCAUUAUAUAUAUUAUCAGAAUGCGGUGAGGUACAGAGCAUUAUAUAUAUUUUCAGAAUGCGGUGAGUUACAGAGCAUUAUAUAUAUUAUCAGAAUGCGGUGAGUUACAGAGCAUUAUAUAUAUUAUCAGAAUGCGGUGAGUUACAGAGCAUUAUAUAUAUUAUCAGAAUGAGUGAGUUACAGAGCAUUAUAUAUAUUAUCAGAAUGCAGUGAGUUACAGAGCAUUAUAUAUAUUAGCAGAAUGCGGUGAGUUACAAAGCAUUAUAUAUAUUAUCAGAAUGCGGUGAGUACAGAGCAUUAUAUAUAUUAUCAGAAUGCGGUGAGUUACAGAGCAUUAUAUAUAUUAUCAGAAUGCGGUGAGUUACAGAGCAUUAUAUAUAUUAUCAGAAUGCGGUGAGUUACAGAGCAUUAUAUAUAUUAUCAGAAUGCGGUGAGUUACAGAGCAUUAUAUAUAUUAUCAGAAUGCGGUGAGUUACAGAGCAUUAUAUAUAUUAUCAGAAUGCGAUGAGUUACAGAGCAUUAUAUAGAUUAUCAGAAUGCAGUGAGUUACAGAGCAUUAUAUAGAUUAUCAGAAUGCGGUGAGUUACAGAGCAUUAUAUAUAUUAUCAGAAUGCGGUGAGUAACAGAGCAUUAUAUAUAUUAUCAGAAUGCGGUGAGUUACAAAGCAUUAUAUAUAUUAUCAGAAUGCGGUGAGUUACAGAGCAUUAUAUAUAUUAUCAGAAUGCAGUGAGUUACAGAGCAUUAUAUAUAUUAUCAGAAUGCGUGAGUUACAGAGCAUUAUAUAUAUUAGCAGAAUGCGGUGAGUUACAAAGCAUUAUAUAUAUUAUCAGAAUGCGGUGAGUUACAGAGCAUUAUAUAUAUUAUCAGAAUGCGGUGAGUUACAGAGCAUUAUAUAUAUUAUCAGAAUGCGGUGAGUUACAGAGCAUUAUAUAUAUUAUCAGAAUGCGGUGAGUUACAGAGCAUUAUAUAUAUUAUCAGAAUGCAGUGAGUUACAGAGCAUUAUAUAUAUUAUCAGAAUGCGGUGAGUUACAGAGCAUUAUAUAUAUUAUCAGAAUGCGUGAGUUACAGAGCAUUAUAUAGAUUAUCAGAAUGAGUGAGUUACAGAGCAUUAUAUAUAUUAGCAGAAUGCGGUGAGUUACAGAGCAUUAUAUAUAUUAGCAGAAUGAGUGAGUUACAGAGCAAUAUAUAUAUUAUCAGAAUGCGGUGAGUUACAGAACAUUAUAUAUAUUAUCAGAAUGAGGGGAGUUACAGAGCAUUAUAUAUAUUAUCAGAAUGGGUGAGUUACAGAGCAAUAUAUAUUAUCAGAAUGCGGUGAGUUACAGAACAUUAUAUAUAUUAUCAGAAUGCGGUGAGUUACAGAGCAUUAUAUAGAUUAGCAGAAUGCAGUGAGUUACAGAGCAUUAUAUAUAUUAGCACUACUAUGCCUAUCUGUAUCACUCAGGUUCCUGUAACGACUCCGAGAGCAACGAUGAAUCUCUCCCUGAGUUGGAAGAGCCUGAUUUGACUGAACCGAGGACAACAGCGAGUCAGGUACUGUCCCACCGUUCACUUAAACAGGGGCAGAAUGUAUCAUGGCUCCUCAAUGGGGGGGUUUGUACGACAGAGGUAUGGGCUUGCUAUAUCAUAGGAUCUCGGGGUGGGCUGUAACACAGAGCUGGGGCCUUGCUAUAUCAUAGGAUCUCGGGGUGGGCUGUAACACAGAGGUGGGGCUUAUUAUAUCCUAGGAUUUCAGGGUGAAUCUAUAAAACAGAGGUGGGGGAAGUUUAUAUCCUAGGACCUGGGGCGGGUGGGCUGUAAGAGAGAGGUGGGGGCAGGUUAUAUGACAAACACUCAGGGGGUGGGCCUCUAAGACAGAGAUGGUGGCUUGUUAUAUCCUAGAACCUUGGGGCUGGGCUGUAAGUCAGAUGUGGGGGCUUCUAAUAUCCUAGGAUCUCAGGAGUAGGCUGUAAGACAAAGGCUGGGGCAGGUUAAAAGACACACCCUCAGGGUGGGUCUUUAAGACACAGGUGGGGGCUUGUUAUAUCCUAGGACCUUUAGGGGUGGGUCUGUAAGAGAGGUGGGGGCAGGUUAUAUCCUAGGACCUCAGGGGUGGGUCUGUAAGACAGAGGUGGGGGCAGGUUAUAUGACAGGCCCUCAGGGGUGGGUCUGUAAGACAGAGGUGGGGGCAGGUUAUAUGACAGGCCCUCAGGGUGGGUCUGUAGCACAGAAGUACACAGAUACACACACACAUACCACACAGAUACACACACUACACACAUACAAACACACAGAUACACACACAUUAAAACAAUUAAGCCACCCAGCAGGUUCUUACCUUCUGCUGAUUGUGGCUGGUGGGAGUUGGGGGUCUUAAUUUGGAAACACUGGUGGGGUCCCGGUAGGUGCUCUGUGUGUUCAGUGUCCGUUUGUAAACCAUUCACAUGUCUCCCCAUCCCAGUUCACAGUCAGUCUGUGUUCCUGGAGGACAGGGGCGAUGAGUGUCUAUCAGACCAUUCACCUUGGUCAUGUGAUCGUUUUAUCUCCGCAGAACCAGCUGGCGCACUGUGCUGGAUCUGGCGAGGAAUCGAUCAACAAAGCCAAACAAAGUCGCAGCGAGAAGAAAGCAAGGAAGGUAAGUGAUCAUAAUGUGGGGUCAGCGCUUGUAUUACCCCCUCUUACAUGCCCCUAUCACCAUCUCUUAUUUAUCCUAUAUUACCCCCUCUUAACUGCCCCAAAUCACCUUUUAGUAUUCUGUAUUACCCCCUCUUAACUGUCCCAAAUCACCUCUCUUAGUAUUCUGUAUUACCCCCUCUUACAUGCCCCAAAUCACCUCUUAGUAUUCUGUAUUACCCCCUCUUAACUGCCCCUAUCACCCUCUCUUAGUAUUCUGUAUUACCCCCUCUUAACUGUCCCUAUCACCCUCUCUUAGUAUUCUGUAUUACCCCCUCUUAACUGCCCCAAAUCACCUCUUAGUAUUCUGUAUUACCCCCUCUUAACUGCCUCUAUCACCCUCUCUUAGUAUUCUGUAUUACCCCCUCUUAACUGCCCCUAUCACCCUCUCUUAGUAUUCUGUAUUACCCCCUCUUAACUGCCCCUAUCACCCUCUCUUAGUAUUCUGUAUUACCCCCUCUUAACUGCCCCAAAUCACCACAUUUCACUGGCAAGCUAUUCAUUAACAAGCUUUCAGACGUUUGAGAUUACACGUGAAGAAGAGAGCGCUGAGAGACCGCAUCUUACUAUAUCAGUAUUCUAACCAUUCAGGGACCGAGAGCGCAGCUGAAACAGCCUGUUCAUAGCAGAAUGAUUGAGUCUGUGACAUAAAAUGCUGCUAAGUGCAUUUCACGUUGAAUCAUUUAGUCAGCGGCCUUGGCCUGAGAGAUGUUGCAGAGAAUAUUGUCUCCAGUUUACUUUGUAUCGGUUCCAUGUGUUGUGCUUGUAUCCGGUCGUCCUAGGCGAUGUCCAAACUUGGCCUGCGGCAGAUACACGGUGUCACCAGGAUCACCAUUCGGAAAUCCAAAAACAUCUUGUUUGUUAUCACAAAGCCCGACGUGUUCAAAAGCCCGGCAUCAGACAUCUACAUUGUGUUCGGAGAAGCCAAGGUAGGCAGGAGGGAAGCAUAUUAUUCCUUUUUAGCAAUGACCCGCUGGUUUUAAUGCAUGCGGCUUACGUCACACCCAGCACCAUGAAAUUUGUAGCAGUGGUGCGCUAGGGACUGAAUACAAAGAUUUACUUACAGACGUUUUUUUGGCGCCUGGUAUUACAACGGUUGUGAUGGAUACAUUGCUGGCUGAUAGAUCAUUCAGAAGAAAUCCUUGUUGGCCCUAGCUUAAACCCUGGAUUGUUGUAUCAGCCAUUACUAGGGAUCACUAACCCAGAGCUCCUAAAAUGUCUUUACAUUUUAUUGCAGAUUGAAGAUCUGUCCCAACAAGUCCACAAAGCGGCGGCCGAGAAGUUUAAAGUCCCCAUGGAACACUCCCCGCUGAUCACAGAAGCAGCGCCCACCCUGACCAUCAAGGAGGAGAGUGGGGAAGAGGAGGAGGUAAACCAACCAAUCACUGUAUCUGGGACACAAUCUCUUCAUUGUGUUAGCAGAAUCACAAGCGAUUUCCAUGGUGACUGCUCAACGUUUAGCUGGUUUCCUCUGAAUUGCAUUUUACACGGAACACACGUGUCGGAUAAGGAUUAGAUUUUAUAUGGCACUAAUUAAUUUAUCAAACAGAGGCACCCCGAAGGAACUGCUCUGGUUGUAGAAUUCAUAUGUUGGAGGGACAAAUCAAACAUUCUGUGAUCAGCACUUUUCAUUCACUGCACUGUCUGACUUAGAGUGUAAAACCCCAAUGGCAGAGUACAGAAUAUUUGAUAGAGUUCUAACCUCAACAUAUGAGGAAAGGGAUUUAGGGGUGAUUAUUUCUGAUGACUUAAAGGUAGGCAGACAAUGUAAUAGAGCAGCAGGAAAUGCUAGCAGAAUGCUUGGUUGUAUAGGGAGAGGUAUUAGCAGUAGAAAGAGGGAAGUGCUCAUGCCAUUGUACAGAACACUGGUGAGACCUCACUUGGAGUAUUGUACACAGUACUGGAGACCGUAUCUUCAGAAGGAUAUUGAUACCUUAGAGAGGGUUCAGAGAAGGGCUACUAAACUGGUUCAUGGAUUGCGGGAUAAAACUUACCAGGAAAGGUUAAAGGAUCUUAACAUGUAUAGCUUGGAGGAAAGACGAGACGGGGGGGAUAUGAUAGAAACAUUUAAAUAUAUAAAGGGAAUCAACACAGUAAAGGAGGAGACUAUAUUUAAAAGAAGAAAAACUACCACAACAAGAGGACAUAGUCUUAAAUUAGAGGGACAAAGGUUUAAAAAUAAUAUCAGGAAGUAUUACUUUACUGAGAGGGUAGUGGAUGCAUGGAAUAGCCUUCCAGCUGAAGUGGUAUAGGUUUACAGAGUGAGGAAGUUUAGCAUAAGGCUAUCCUAGCUAUAAGAUAAGGCCAGGGACUCAAAAAGGUAUUUUGAAAUAUUGGGCAGACCAGAUGGGCUGAAUGGUUCUUAUCUGCCGUCACAUUCCAUGUUUCUAAGAGGAGGAGAUUAUGUGUUGUAGUGAAGUCAUGUGAAGCGUUGAAGUGGUUUCUCCAUUGUAUCGUGGCUUGUUCAUUGUAAAUUAACAUUCUGGGCCCCAGACACUUCCCUGAAAGAGCUCCGUGCAGGCUAUUUGAAUAUAUGUAAACUUAUUUUACUAAAUGCAAACCACAUUGUCAAAGACUUUGUAUGUUGCAGCUUUGCACGUUCCAGUCACUGAGCCCACCUUCAUAUAAACAUACAGUAAGGUAGCAAUGGGAGGGUCUACACCCUACAUCUACAGAGCUUAAUGGGUAAUUCCUGCACCAAUCCUGGCCUCCAGCUUCCCCUCCUCAGCAACUGACUUCUACUCCUAUCAGCCUUAGCCAUUGGUGUACAGUCACAACAAGAGAGAAAUCUUCUUAUUCAAUAACACUGCACCAAAACUACACAAACAGGACAUUCCUUGCUGUGGGCUUCUGUGACAAAACAGCAAAGUUUGGUAGUUGAGGGGUUAAUGGGAAAUUAUUCCACUAAAUAAAUAACAUUCCACUCCGUUAAUUAUCUUAAAGGGACACUGUAGGCACCCAGACCAUUUCAGCUCAUUGAAGUAGUCUGGGUGCUGUAUCCCUUUUACAUUUAGUGCUGCCAUGUAAAACACGUUCCAGAGAAAGUUCAGUGUUUACAUUGCAGCUCUAAGUCUGCCCACAUUGGAUGUUUACCAGGCAGACACUGGGGGCGCUUCCGGGAUCCAAACAGACUAUUGGUCCGGUAUCUGACGCUGGAGGUCCUCAUGCUAUGCAUUGAUUCAAUGCUUUCAUAUGGGGAGGUCUAAUGCGCUUGUUGCAGGACAGAGGAGAGCUUCGACCCAGUGCCGAGGGAAAUCGGCACUGGAAUAGGGUAAGUAAAUAAAGGGUUUUUAACCAUUUUUUUACCGGGGAGGCAGAGGGAUCGGUAGUGCAAGGAAUACAGCUUUGUAUGCCUGGCACUAUAGUAUCCCUUUAAUUUGCCAAACCAACCAUUCAACUACUGUGCGUUUCAUACGUAUUGUAUUAUACUGCCACCUAGUGGCUAUAGUGCAUAGUGACCCUCUCACCUACAGGUUAUGCUGCCCCAUUCAUUCAUUGCUAAAGGUUUAUUUAGAAGAUAUCAAUACAUACAGUAUCAUUGAAUGGUUAUAGACAUUCAAAAACACGGUUUGGGUUUUCUCUGGUUAUGGAACAGCCUGCAAGGCCCCUGAAUCCUGCUGCUAUACAUUGUGACAAAGCAAGGGAACCCACUAUUAACUAUAUCACGCUUUCAGCACAGAAUAUACUCACACAGUAGUGAUUAUUUAAUAAGGUGUUUAAUAUUCACUCACAUGGCUGGAUUUACUAAACUGUGAAUUAUGGUAAAUUGGAAGCUGAAUUAAUUACAGGAUUAAAUAGAUCAUCUGUGAUUACAUUUGGAGGAAGUUUCAGUGCUGGGAGACUCCCAGAGGUAGAAUAAUUAGGAAGUGAACUCGUCUUAUUAAACUCCAGAAUAUUUUCUCCUUCACUGGAUCUUUAACUGUUUCCUGACAGGUGGACGAGACUGGGUUGGAGGUGCGUGACAUUGAACUAGUAAUGGCGCAGGCCAAUGUAUCCCGCGCGAAGGCGGUGCGAGCACUGAGACACAACAAUAAUGAUAUUGUGAACGCUAUUAUGGUAAGAUAUGUACAAUAAAUAUACCCUUCACACUUUAUAUCUACAUAGAAACAGAUGGGUCAUAGAGCCUCUUUUUGUUUUUUGUGGACGACUCUAAACUCCCUAAGUGGAUAUCACAAAACCUCAUCUCACCUACUUUGUGGGUUCCAUUGACCCCAAUAUUUUUUUUUUAUUUACAGGUUAUAACCUGGACACUUAUUGUUAGGGGCUUAAUUUGGGUGGAUGGGAGACGUUUUUUUAUUCCCAGUUUCUCCUUGCCAGGCAGACAUUUGCACGUUUUACCAGACACCGGGCCAACCUCUAGCUUUUGAAUAGAAUUAUUUUUCUUUCCAAUAGGUUUAUAUUUGCAUCUCUUGGGGGUAUUUUUAACUAUUGGUAAAAUGUGUUAAGAGAUGGGAUAGAAGCGCUGGUAAUUCCAUUUGAUGGGGGUCUGACGAUGGCAUUAAAAAUGUACGUCCAUCUCCUCCUACGGACCCAGUCAUCCUCUGCAGAGGGAACAGCAUGACCCGUUAUGUAUUUGUGCCCUAUGUUACUGUUACUCACACAGCAUGCUGACUUGUUCCUGGAGAGUGAUGUGCAUUGCCCCGUAUUUAAUUCUAGCUCGUUUCUUUGCAGGAAUUAACGAUGUAGCUGCUGAUCCAACUGAAAGCGUCUCCGCUCUGUAAAGAUGCACAGUUACCCCCAAGGUACCGCUCUGUAUUAGACCUGCAUAUAUUCCUACUAAAUCACACCUUUAAUGCUGCUCAAUAAAACCUGCCUGAAAAACAGAGGAUCCGAGUGUGUCGUUU